AUGUCCUCUGGCUCCAAGCAAUCCUCCAAGAAACGGUCAGCAGAUCAUCUCGACUCUGCAACCCCUGGACCGUCUUCAAAGUCCCAGAAGCGCAAGUCGCACUCUUCGCAUUUUCGCUGGAUAUUACCCUCUCUCGGAACAAAACGCUCCUGCUUGCACGGCCUCAGUCAUGAGCCGCGCCCGUCCACCAAGGUCGCCGCCUUUGAUCUUGACGGCUGCCUCAUAACGUCCUCCUUUCCCAAGAAGGGCACUCCACCAACGUUCGAAUGGUGGAACAAAAGGGUGCCCGCAAAGCUCAAGGACGUACACGACCAAGGGUACUCGGUAGUCAUCAUCACCAACCAAGCCCUCCGCACCACGGCCCUAAUCAACGACUGGAAGAAGAAGAUCCCUCUCAUCGCAGCUGCACUCCCGGAUGUCCCUUUUCGCAUUUUCGCGGCCACCGAGAAGGAUGGAUAUCGAAAGCCUAUGCCGGGCAUGUGGCAGGAGCUUGAGCGCAUAUAUGCAGGCGACGGGGUCCAGAUAGACCUCUCAGAGUCAUUUUUCGUUGGUGAUGCUGCUGGACGCAAAGGCGACCACUCAUCGACAGACAGGAAGCUUGCACUUAAUCUUCGCCUGCCAUUCUAUACGCCAGAGGAGUAUUUCUUAGGACUUCAAGGAGCCCCAUACACAUUACCUGGGUUUAAUGUGUCGUCUUUACCAGCGGAGGAACCCCUACUAGAACCGUCUGACCCCCCUCUAGUACCUGCUCUCUCUACCCCCGAGCUGGUACUGCUUGUAGGGUAUCCGGCCUUAGGAAAGUCUUCCUUCGUCCGCAACCACUUCGACCCCGCGGGUUAUGUGCACGUCAACCAAGAUUCAUUGAAGACGCGUGACAAGUGUGUCAAGGCCGCCGGGGAAGCUCUACAAAACAAACAGAGUGUUGUUGUGGACAACACAAACCGCAACGUAGCGACCCGCAAGUACUACCUCGAUCUCGCCAAGAAGCACAAAGUCCCUACCCGUUGUCUCAUCUUCACGGGUUCCAUGGAGUUGGCAUGGCACAACAACCUCUACCGAGCGUUCAACUUGCCUCCAGAGCAGGCCGCCUCGGAGCCCAAACGCGAGCUCUUGCCAUUCAACGCGUUUACCAGCUUCCGCGCCGCGUACGAGGAGCCCACGACCGAUGAAGGAUUCACCGAAGUGCGCAGGGUCAAUUGGGUAUUCGAAGGGGACAAAGAGGCGCGACGACGGUGGAGCAUGUGGUUGCAGAUCGAUGGCAAGUAA